GGGAAGUGUGAUGUCACGCGAAAAACAGUGAAUGUUAUGCGUUCUCUCUAGAGGCGAAAGGCUCAAAGGAAGCGUUGGCGCGGCUCCCAAACUGAAAUUAGUGGCGUGGAUUUUGACGACAAGAUCAGUGUAGGUUCCAACUAUCAGCUUGAUUCUCGAACUCGACUGAAAUCGUGGUCGGAAUCGUCGUCUCCACGAGGACCAUGCGUUAUUCGCGACAAAAAUCGUCGGAUCGAGAAACCUAUGAUUCGUCCAGAAUGAGAUUGUCCACCGAUCCGGUAUCUGGCAGUGAAGAAUGCCGCAUGUCUAUUUCUAUUAUGUCUCCAGGAAAGACACCGUCAUCUUUUUCCAACCAAAGUAUCCGACCAAACAUUACACCUUCACCAAUCCGACACCAAGUCUCGUCGUCAGCAUUUUCGACGCCUAGUCGGAGUUCGGUUGGGCCAUUGCAACAAUCGACAAUGCAGGCCUCGUCACCUUUGAGCCCGAACAGAUUCCCUUUAUCGAUGCCAUUAAGUGCUGACGGACUCUCGCUUCGUCAAAGACUGACGAAGGCAAAAACCAAGCAGGCUAGACAACUUUUUCGUCUGCAGAAUACUUGUCAAACCAAUUUGCACCCCAACAUCGUGUUACAUCGCGGACCUCCCCGUGACGGAGCGCCUCAAGUUAGCAAUGAGCGGAAACUUGUGUCGGAACUCCAUGCGGUAAACGAUUUGAGUAGACCGACGUCAAAUCAGACGGGGGCCACAACUGUGUCCUCAGCUAUUCGUUCACUAGGAGUUCUUUCAUCAUUGUAUCGACUAGACGAGCUUGAAUCCCCGGGACAAGUGGACACGUUUACUGACAGUGAAGCUCAGGUUGACAAUGAAAAUUUAGACGCAAAAGCUGUUGCAGGGAGCGCAGUAUUUACACAAAGUCAGUUGGAUAACGUGCAUUCCGGAGACAAAGCCAAAGCAGCACCAAAUAGUCUUCAUUCCGAGUUCAACGAGGACCUUCCCCUCCUUCCUGAAGUAUCACAGUCCACUGACACCUUUACAAAACCAAUCCCCCCACAAAUGCUGUACCACCAUGCACCUACGAGUGACAUACCUGCAAAGAAACUGACCCCUCUGCAAGGACAUCCAACUAGUUUGGCGAGAUUGGCAUCUACAGAUCGUAAUGGCGGGACUCCAGAGUGUACCUGGAUAGCUUCUAUGCCUGUGCAACUUCCCAAUGAAAGAAGGAAAGGACCGUGGACAAAAGGUGAAAAGCUCGCAAAUGCAGAAAAGCUAAAGCGCUGGAAAGCGAAAAGGACAAUGGCCGAAGGGAAAAAUUGGAAAGGCACAGGUCUUUGCAGCAGCUCAGGCGAACUAUUAGACAACAAAACGUACGCAACAAGCCGGGAAGCAUCGACUCAAUGCAAUGCAAUCUUUUCAGUCUUCGAGACGGCGUUUCAAGGACGUUGUGCUCCUGUGCAAUGUGAACUAUCUCGUAUUAUAGCUGCUUCAAAACAAUUUGAUGAGGAGAGGACGCAAAGAGUUGAUACUACUAACUUGGAAUUUAGUGAAGAAGACGAUAGUGCAGAGAUAAGAGGUUUGGCAUCUAGAAAUGGCAAUUUUGCAGCAGAUUCAACACUCCCUUCGGCCGUUCGACCACAAAGUCGCCUUCUCUUAAACUUGGAGAUGAAAUCCGGUCCGAUUUUGACUGAUGCCUCUGUCUCCAUUCCAUGUGGUCAGUCAAAGGUGUCGGACGUGAAUAUCCUCGAGAUCCACGACGAAAACUAUAUCAGUACUUUCAUCUUGAAAAUAGUUAAUUUUGGAACCCCUUUGCUUUUGCACAAACAGCAAAGGAAAGAAAAAUGUUCAAAAGCAUUAAGCAUUGUGGCUUUCUUGAGAAAAGGGCAACAAGAAUGCGACUGGUCGUUUUCUGGUCCUUCUCUUGAAUGGGUGGCAGAGGAUGACGUUCCUCUCAAGACUGUUAACGUCUUCGCUAUAAAGAAAAUCGAGAGAGCCUCGUCUCUUCAUCUUGAAAACUACCCUUUCGCGAUGCCACAACGAAGCAUGAUUUUAACACUCAAGGACGGUUCCAUCCAUGUGUUCGAAGCUCAGAGUGAAAGCGGAGCUGAUUGCUUCGUCUUUGGAAUUCGAUGGGUAAUUGCUCGGCUAUCAUUUAAUUUGAUUAUUGGGAACCAGGAGGUUAGCUGUGAGUUGAUUGACAUAGGUAUGAAAGAAGGAAAGAAAUCUCUAGAUGCAUGGCUUCUCGACGAGACGAAAUGGACACGAGCUAUGAAUGGUGUGUCGAACAACAUGGUCGACAACCUAUAG